AUGGACGAAGAGCUUUUACGCAAAGAGCAAAUGGAAGAAGGAUGGGAUGCGGAUGCUGUUGACGCUCUGAGAGGCUACGCUCCUCUUUCACAUGAUGCGGCGACCGCAGAAAAGUUAGAGUGGAGACAUCUGAAGCACGAAAGCAAUCUGGAACUUCCGGAGCGUUUCAACAGUGAUGAAGAGGAUGCAGAUUCAUGGGACUAUAUAGAGGACGAAAUAUCCCAUCGUCCCACAACCCAUCGUCCCCCACCCGUACCGGCCCCGCGACACAUGCUUCGCGACUCCGAUGCUUCCAGACCAGAAGUCGCGGUCCAACAGGGUCGUAAGCGACGACGACCCGGAUCAUACCUCUCUGACAAUGAGCCUGAUCACCUAUCAUACCCCUCCAUCAGUGACCCUACUUCGAUAUCAAGAGAAUCCUUGAGGUAUCGUCAGCGAAACAAGCGUCCUGCAUAUGUGGAUCCUGGCUACGCGGAAGAGGACAUCCUAUCGAGUGCCUCGGAGUCGCGGCCGAAGAAACGGCUAGCAAAGCAGCGACAUCCAAUUCGACCGCAUGCUACGCCAUCAGGCAUGGACCUGUUACAUGCUAAAGAGGAUGAAGAUACUCUGCAAGACGCACUGGGCGAGAUAAAGGCUCUUAGAAUGGAAAAUGAACGCUUACGACAAGAUGCUUGCAAAGUACCUGUUUCGAGUCAGCCGGCGUACAGCUAUAAAGUCUUCUACGAAAUACGGACAGUCUUGUACCUGGAUGAGCCAUGUUGGCAACCUGCUGAAGGAUCUAGUGUCAAAUUGCUGGCCAAAAACCCGAUCCGGAGGCUAGAGUCUUAUCUUGACCAACAUCCCGAGAUAGCCUUCGCUAUAUACAAGAACUACGACCAAGAUCUCCCUCCGGAUGGCAGCGAGAUCGAAACUGUAGACGGUGUUUACCGGUCGCCGAUACCUACGCAUGAGGCCGUCUCGUUUGUAUCCUCUGAUAUGCGAAGCGCGGUUAAGGAGCUUGUUCAGCAGAUACCCAGAUUCGACUAUUACUUCCCCCACUUUAACCUUGAUCGGGAUAUCCCUGCACCGUACCUUUUCAUGUACUACAGUACACCUUUCAUAGCUGGAGUCCUACCAAAACUCAGUACGCGCAGUCGGAACCUCAUCAAGCAGUUGCAAGCAGUCAUUGCAGAAAGCUACGGUCAUGAGUACACUUCAGUAAAGCUUCAAGCGGAGAAAGGAACGAUAGCACGUAAAUAUCUCAAGUACUUAGUUCGUCCCGGAGAUGUUCUUGUGAGCAGUGCGGCGGAAGGAAACAUUCCCCAAGCAUGCAUUGCUAGGGAUUGGAUUGGAGCCCCAGAGACCACACUCGAAGAACCCGAGUUGGAAGAUUGGGAGCACGUUGGAAAGCAGCUUGUCGAAGGACAUAGUUCUCUCGUCAACUCUAUAUCUGAUCGCAAAAUGACUACAUAUGUUUGGAAAGUUCCAGUGUGGAAUUGGUCAUUCGACGGCAACUUUGGACGACAAGAAACUAGUAUAGACAUCACGAUGUCUCUUGCCAACGAAGGAGACUCAGUCGAGAUCAGAAGUCUCAAAUAUUACCCUCUACAGUAUGCAGCAGCGAACAUGAGGUCGCUGCUUGAGAAGAGAGGUAGAACAUUUUGGUCUCUUCGAAACAGACGAUUUGUUUCGUACAUGCGUUCUGAGGAGGACGAGCUCUACAACAUUGAGGAUAGGUACAUAGUCGACACUAAGUCCUUCAAGAUGCUAUUUCCAGACUCGAAUAUUGCGCAGAUGCGCCUCAAGCAUGCGUUUAGCGCCGCAGUCAUGGCAAAUGAUCAACCACCUGAAGAGGGCGACGCACUUCUAGCGGUUCCGUCGACUAUCAUGGCCCACAAUCUACAAGAAAAGGUAUGGAGGGAACUUCUUGUCGACCAGAUUACGGAUAUAAACUGGAACAAGCAAGCCUUCAAGGACCUCGUAGCUGAACCAGAGACCAAGGAACUAGUACAAGCACUCGUCAUGAAGCAAAUCAAUGCCAAAAGAUCGACAGAUUUUGUGGCUGGCAAAGGAAAUGGACUAAUCAUGCUUCUACAUGGCGCACCUGGAACCGGCAAGACUUUCACUGCUGAAGGUGUCGCUGAGUUCGCGGAGAAGCCAUUGCUUCGGAUAACUUGUGGGGACAUCGGUACCGAACCUGAAGUGGUUGACCAGCGCCUUCGUGCCACCUUGCGACUUGGAAAACUGUGGGAUUGUGUUGUACUUCUAGACGAAGCGGAUGUGUUUCUCGAGGAACGCGAUAUGAAAGACCUUAAGAGAAACGCACUAGUAUCUGUGUUUCUCCGUGCCCUCGAAUACUACGAUGGCAUCUUGAUUCUGACCUCAAAUCGCGUCGGUACCUUCGACGAAGCCUUCAAAUCCCGCAUUCAACUCGCCCUGCACUACGACAAUCUCGGAAUCGUCCAACGUAAGAAGAUCUGGCGCAACUUCAUCACACGCAUGAAGAAACUCGAAGAAUCUUCGUCCGCGGACUUGGAAGACAUUCUCGAUCAUAUCGACGAACUCAGUAAGGAACCUAUGAAUGGACGAGAGAUUCGCAACGCAAUCACCAUCGCAAGGCAAUUAGCGGAAUUUAGGGGACAACGCUUCCAGUACUCACAUCUCAAGCAUGCUAUGAAUGUCGGUAGCCGGUUCAGCAAGUACUUGAAUGAUCUGAGAAUGAACUAUACGGACGACAUGAUCAAGCAGGAUAGUGGAAUCAGGUUUUCUUACACUGCUGUGGCACCGGCUGGGCUUCAAUGA